AUGUAUACUGUAACAGUGGGAGGCACCUCCGGAAUCUCUUUGUCUACAGCACUCGCUUUCGCCCGGUAUAGCCUGUCGCCGAAGAUCUACCUCAUAGGCCGUAGCCAGUCAGCUGCAGACGACGCCAUAACCUCCAUAAGAAGCAUUAACCCUUCCGCCAAAACGACAUUCCUACAGUCAGACAUUUCUCUGCUCAAGAAUGUUGAUCGCGUCUGCGCCCAGAUAGCUGCGUCCGAACGAAAGGUCAACCUUCUCUUCAUGACACCGGGGUACAUGACGCUGAAAGGCCGUGACGAGACGGCGGAAGGCCUGGACCGCAAGUUCGCCCUGCAUUAUUACGCCCGCAUGCGUUUCGUCAUGCAAUUGAUGCCACUGUUGGAAGCUGCUGCUACGCCCUCGGUCGGGACGAGUGAUCAGGACACUGCCUGUGCACAACUGUCGCGUGUUGUCUCCGUACUAGAUCCGCAUGUUGCCGUUCGUCUCGGUGGUUCUGGUGCGCUCGAUUACUCGGAUCUGAGUUUGACAAAGACUUUCACUUUACAGAGGUGCGGCGCACAUGCUAGCCUUAUGGGAAAUUUCUUCCUAGAGGGCAUGGCGCAGCAGCAUGUGCAUACGUCGUUUGUGCACGCGUACCCGUCCGGCGUGGAUACUGGCAUUUUCCGCGAAUUGACAGGCGGACGGGCAUUGGCCGCGGUGUUGAGACCAUUUUUCUGGCCUUUCAUGGUGCCGAUUAAAGAGAGCGGAGAAAGGCAUUUAUUUGCUGCCACCAGUCCAAAGUUUUCAUCAAAUGCUGAGGGAAAGACGGUGAAAGGGACUGAUGAUGUGGCAGUCGGUAGCGAUGGGAUCAUGGGGAGUGGUAGUUACUGGGUGAGUUGGAAUGGCGAAGUAUUCCCUGCGAACAGGAAAUUGGAGAAAACAAGGGAACAGGGAGCGGUUGAGAAGGUGAUCCAGCAUACAAAUGAGGUGUUUGAACGAGUAUGUGACGAGGGAAAGACAUAUACAUAA